AUUCAAAGUUGAAAGAUAAUCAAUGUCCACCUUCCAAAUAUUCAACACAAGUACAAUACCUCAAGUCCUUCCAAAUAUUCAUUACCACCGGCCGAUGAAUCCUCUUCCUACACCAUCAAUAAACACAAAAGUCAGCAUUAGCCCUUCAGCAACAUAAAAAAUUACAAAUUCAAAUGGUUUGUCCUUAAUUCACACGCCUAAAUUUAACCAACAAAGUAGUUUUCUAUAUCCUAAAUUACAAACCAACAAAUUACAUUUUGCCUUCUGGUCUUCUGGACACAACACACUUGCUAUUAAACAAAUAGCAAUCUCAAAUAAUAAACUCAAAUAACAAUAUCAAAUAGCAAACUGAAAUAGCAAUAUCAGGUUCUGGAAUUUUAGGAACCUACCAACACAUGGACGUCCACGUUCUCGUUUGGAAUCUGUUGACCUUCCACGUCGACGUUGGUGGAGCUGUCGGUGGUUUUCUUUGGCCUUCGACUGGUGGUCAUGUUUCUAGGCGGCGACUGAUUGGUGGUUGUCGGCUCCCGGCGGGAGAUUCUGUGGAUGGCUGGGAGAUUGGGAGUGGGAGGCAGGCGGCGAGUGACGGACUGGGAGGCUGGCGGUAGAUGCCGAGAUGGCCGACAGGAAUGGGAGAGAUGGAGGGAGUCACGGAGCUGGGAGCGGUCGCGAGAGAUGGAGGGAGUCAGCAGUCAGGAAGUCGGGCUCAGGAAGAGGACGUCGAGGUCGGGGAUUCCGAGAUGGCCUACGGGGAGCAGCGGCAGCAAGUCGUGCUCGUAGGCUUGCAGCACCCCAUCGCCUCUCUGCUGGUUGAUGGCUACUGCUUCGACAAUUACCUUAGGGGAGUUAGGGUUUUUCGGUUGUCAAACGAAACUACUAAGGGGAAUUGGAAAUUGGAUGGACCUGGAGUUCUGGACUGGACAUGAGUGAUUGAGAGGAGUUGGGCUUGGAAAUUGGGCUUUAGUUGGGUUAAGAAUUAAGUGGGAGUAGACUAAAGUUUAGAAAGGGGUUUGGCCAUUUUAAAUUCGGAAAUUCGGUCGGUAAAUUGGUUUUUCGGUUUGGUUGAAAGACACAUGUAUCCUGAAAUUCAGGAUAUCCCCGUCCGAAUUCAGAACCUAAUAAGGAAUAGUUCGGUUUCGGUCGGUUUGAAUUCGGUUCGAUUCGGUAAAAUGAACCGUAUGCCGACCCCUAACUUGUCGUCAACGUUGGCAAGAUCUCGCGACCACCUUGGGCUACCCAACUGGCGACGAGCCUGAUCUUGUAGACUCGCGACGAGAUUAGCUCCUUCCCGGAGACUUAGUGGUUUGGGUUUAAAAAUCUAGUACCAUAAGGCCCAGUUUAAAUAACAUUAAUCGUUAUCAUUGAUCUGGCCUUAUAAAGACAAUUAAUGUAUUGCAAGUAAUCAAUGUGGUACAAUAGUAUUUUUUUAGGUGUAAACAUGUUAAGUCACUAUGUGAUGUUGGUUGGCUGUAAAUUUUUGGCAGAGUUGGAUUGGAUCCAAAGAUUGCAUCAUUUGUGUGUUUAUGCUUCUGUUCCUAGCUUUGCCUCUUGAUUACGGGUCAAUGAUCGUGGAUCAUAUGCGAAUUUUCGUCCCGGUUAAAUUUGUGUUGCUAUUUGAAGACGUGAAGAAGGACGUGGUAUUUAUUAUUUUAGAAAGGAGGUGUGAAACUCCUCGGGAGACCAUAUAAGAGGAAUUAAUUAUUAUUAUCAUCACGUUGCUUACGUCGUUGAACUAUACAUUUUACAAUUUAUAAUUUUUGAGAUUAGUAAUGAUUUAGUUGUGUAUUAGUAAGAAUUGAUAGUAGUAUUGACCCUUCUUGGGUCAAUAGUAAUAGGAAAGAGUCUAUUUGUAACACCCCGACAUUUGAGUCUAAGUUCGACCGAACAAUUGGAUCGAUGAUUACGUACGAAAGAUUGCAUCCGUGGGUUAGAAAUAAUAAUAGUAGUUAUCAAUCUUAGUGUUAUUAUUAAUUAUAUAAUUCCUCAUCAUCCCCACGUUACCCAGCAGCAAUUAAAAGGGGGAAAAGUAAUAAUAAGAAACCCCAAACCCCAUCAGUGCCCCUCUCUUCCCCGUCUCUCUCUCUCUCUCAAUAAUUCCCCAAACGUCCCAACCCCAUUAUUGUUCCCCAACGUAAAACCCUAUGUUCACCCCUCCUUCUAAUUAACGAGCAGCAGCGGAAAAAGGAGAUAGGGAGUGUCCGGUAGAGAGGGAGGGAGGGAGAGAGUUGUAGCUUCAUCGAUCGAUUGGAGAGCCGGAAGCGGAUGCCAAAACCCACAUGAGAGAGGGGGACAAUCAAGGAAUCUAGAUUGACCGGUGGCAGUCUAAAUGGAGUACAGGUCGAUCGCAACUGGGAAGCCAAGAUCGACAAUGAUAGCUACCUCUGAUGAUGAUGGCGAUUGACAAACAGAAGUACUGAGGGAACUGGAGCGAUAUAUGUAAAAAAAUGGUUCUUAAAGUUUACGUGCAAAGACGGUGGAUGUCUUUAUGUUGCUGGAACUCAGGCGACGUGAAGGGGGAAAAUGAGGUAAGGGUCUUUCCUCUCAUAUUUGAUCAUGGUGAUUAUAUAUACAUGGUCAUAUAUAGUUAAUUGGAAGACAAGUACGAAUUAGCUGAGUUCAGGGUAAAUGAUUUGGGGAAUUUAUCGAUGGCAUGCUUUAUCAAAAGUGGCUCUAUCCUAGGAUCCAGGGGAAAACGUGCAUGUCUUGCCUAAUGGUAGUGUUUUGGCACAUAAUUGAGCUAAAAUACUAAUUUGGAUCCUUAUGCAUGGAGUUUGAGACACGUGAAUGGAGUAUGCUUAACAUGGAAGAUCCUCUUUAAAUGAAUACCAUGAUUAUAUGGGUUUGACAGUGGGUAUUGGAAUUAGACUAGAUCACUUAUCUUUCACGGUGCACACCUAAGUGGCUACGGGUACUGGUAUUAAGCUAACGAGGCUUAGGGACUAAAGCAGAGCUAUUUCAGUGUGGGGAUUCACAAACUGGACCAUCUACUUUGAAGUUUUAGAUAAAUAGACACGGUAUAACAAUAUAGGAUGUUAUAUGGGUGACUUUGUGAUCAUUUUAGGGGGUACAUGAAUGUUUUUUUAGGGAAAGAGGAGUACGAGAUCACAUUACUAGAGAAGGAAUGGAGAUUGAAGAGAACGACUUCAGUGAAUUCGAGCCAAUCGAUUCGAAUAAUAAGGUGAGUGUAAAGGGGGUAAAAUCUCCGUCGAAGUCUUUCAGUUUCUGCCUUUUUAAUUCAGUUAUGUUAUUUAAUUUUCAAGUAAGCGCGAUUAUGUGUGUGAGGCAUCCCACCGCCUACUUAAGGUGGAGGCACGCGUUGUGCUAUGUAUGUGUAUGUUUGUGAUGUAUGGUGGAUGAUAAUUGAACCCCCGGACGGUUGGGCCACUACUGGACGCGGUAGAUGGUCGGAUCACUACUGGACGGCGAUACGUAACGCAGUAGUUGACCGGGCAUGGACUGGACGGCGAUACGUAACGCAGUACCAUUGCCUUGAGGAUAGGGACACCGGACGGCGAUACGUAACGCGGUGAUUCCCUAGUAUAAGUAAGUUAAGGUAGUAGUAGUAGAGAACUUCUAUGGCUUAAGGUUAAAAGUUGAAGACCUCUAUGAGUUAAAGUUGAAAUGAGUUAUUAAGGAUGAAAGUGAGAACGACUUUCAUCUAAGGAAAGGAAAAGCUAAUAACGUGUUUUAGCAAGGAGUUUUCUAAGAGUAGAGACCUUAGGAAGUAACGACGAGACUGACCCCUUCUCACUCACCAGGUUGAGGUUGGGUUAGCGGAAGUGAAUCCCGAGAAGGAGUAAGAUGAGGCAAGCGGUCGUGCCAGUACUGAUGAUGAGAUUUCAAGGAGCUGGGUGAAGUGUUAUAGUUAAAGUUUGAAAGUUAUUUUUAUGAUUAUGAUUAUGAGUAUAUGUACUGGAGAUUUAAGGUUCAAGAUACUGGGUUAAGUUGUUUAAGUAUUUGGAUUUUGAUUGCCCAAGUGUUAGGGCUUUUCGUUUGAACUUCUUAAGUAAUGUCAGUUUGUUUAUUUAAAAGGUGGUUUGGUUGCUCCGGAGUAACCGGUUUUUCGCUUUGAGUUCUGGUUUGGUUUUCAAAAAAAGAUUGGGAUGUUACACUAUUUUCCCGAUAAGUGUGAUAUAUGUUACUUUUUUUAAUUAAAUACGGCUUAAAGAUAUUCAUACAUGAGACUUCUAAGUUGAAGAUUAGUGGUUUUACUACUAUAUUUGAAGUCAUUUUGUUAUCUAUAUUUGAAAUUGAAGUCAUUUUGUCCUUGGCCUAUUCACCACUUCAAUUGGCUGUUAUUAGGGAUGGCAAUGGGGCGGGUUUGUCUAAACCAUCCCCAUCCCCAUCUUCAAAUAUCCAAACCCAUACCGCCCCAUACCCAUGCGGGGGAAUGUUUUGCAAACCCAUCCCCAUACCCGUGGGUUUCGGGUACCCAAGGGUAAUACCCGUACUCGUACAUGCAACAUUACUAUAUCUAAAACUUACAAGAAGAGUUUUAAUUAUAAUUCUAAACAAACCUAUAAUAUCAUU